UAAGAUCGGGAAGUGAAUCAGAACAUGUCAUUUUGUAAUUUUAAUUUCAACAAAUGGCAGACUCUUUUUUCGGUUUCGACAUUACGAUUUUAGAUGGUUUAGAAGAUGGCCUUGAUUGUCCUUUGGAAGAAGAAGAUUUUGGUGAGGAGGAAUAUGAUGCAUUGAACGAUGAAACUUUUGGUUCAGAAGCUACCAUUGGAGAUUGGGAACAAGAUCAUGAGAAACUUGCAGAAAUUGCAGAGUCUAGUAGGCCGCAGCAUAAAAGUGUUCCGGAUAAAAAGAAUGGUAUCAGUGUUAACAUCGAAGAUAGUUUAUCGCAUUUAGUAUUAGAUGAAAAAGAAGGAAUUGUACCUAAACCAGGUGUAUGGGAUAGUCCUAGUAUUAUACCAUUACCUAAACCUCUACCACCUCCUUCUUUAGCAACUACCUUAAAAAAUGUAUGUACAGUGGAAGAAUUGGAAAGAGGUCUUAUCGCUAAUAGACCUCCACCCGGUCUUAUAAAACCAACUCAAACUCAAAUACAACAACAAAAGACCGAUGGGUCAUUUAUUUUUGAUGCUUUGUCAGUAAAUGACAAACUUCAAAUCAAUGGCUUACCUCCCACUCGAUUUCCACCAGGAUUGAGCUUACCUGGCCCACAUCCCAUUAUGUUGCCGCCAAAUUUAAGAUUACCACAUUCACCACAAUACAUCCAACAUCCUAGAUUAUUAUCUAAUCAGCCUAAUAAUGUAAUGCGAUAUCCACUACCACAACAUGUUAUGCUACCGCUCGGAUUACAAAGGCAGCCAAUUCAUGGACCAUUUACAAGCAAUUUUCAUCAUCCGCCUCAUCCUAAUAUAGGACCUCCACUAUUUCUUCGUCAAGAUCAUCCAAUGAUGCCUCCGUUUCCAAAUCAAGUUGGUCAACAACAUUCAUUUCCACAUCCUGUAAAUCAAAGGAACCAAAAUAGAUUAUUUUAUUCCAAUGAACAAGCGAAUCAUCAGCCAUUUUUUAAGAAUAAUCAAUAUCCUCCUCGUAAUCAUGAUAGAAAUAAUCAAAGAUAUUAUCAUUAUCAACAUCAUAAUCAUCCUCAAGGAAUAAAUGGCGUUAAUAAUUCUGGAGAAUAUGACGAAUAUGCUAGUCUUAUGAGUAGUAGAGAAAAACAGUGGUUAAUCAAUAUUCAAUUGCUCCAGUUAAAUACGAAUCAACCAUACGUUGAUGAUUAUUAUUAUACGGUAUUUUGUGAUAGACAAAAUAAGCUAAAUGCUAAUCAAGAACAGAAAGAUAAAAAACAUAAUAACAAUAACGGAUUUCAAAAAGAAUCUAGAAAUCGCGAUCAACAACCUCAACAUGUUGCAUCAAAAGUUGUAUAUAUUCCAGCACAGUUUGAGAAUUCAUUAGGGAAGCUGCAAUUCAGUAGUGUUACAGCACCUCGUAAAAUUAUUGAUAUGGAUGUUGUUCCCAAUAGUGAUCCACAUUCAACUUUACAAUCUCAACAAAAAGAUACUAAAAAGAUGAGACAAUUGUUCCUUGAAAUUAAAAGGAUGUAUACAAUACUGUUAAAAAUUGAAGAUAUAAAUAAUCCUUUAGCUAUGCUUUCGGAACAACAGCAAUAAGAAAAUGAAACAGA